ACAUCACAACACAGCUUCCUCCUCAGCGCUUCGUUGUGUAUUUUGCCACCCAACACACCACAUCACCCCACCCCUGACUCUCUUCCUUUCUUCACGAUGCUCGCUUCCACCGGUCUCGCAGCCCUCGCCGUAGCUGGCUCCUUCUUCUCUGGUGCUUCGGCCCAGAACGUUCCCAAGUUCCAGUACGGCACCCCCAACGCCAACGCUCCCGGUGUCGUCGGCGCCAACUCCAAUGGCCCCACCAACCCCAAGCAGCCUAGCCUCAACACCCCCAUCAACCAGACUUCGGAGGCCCGUCUUGCUUCGAUCAACGCCGUCGAUGACUGGUGCACCUUUGGUCCUCGUGAGCAGCAGGUGAUUGGUGAUGUCGAGGCGGAGACUGUUGCCUACUGCACCAAGCCCCGCAACAACGCUCGUGUCAUUCCCGACGGCACCGUCACCUCGGUCCACUUCAUCAAGACGCCCCUCUACGUCCAGGUCAUGGCCAACGGUGACUUCACCAAGAUCAACCUCGUCCCUGGCGACUACGGAGGAGAGCUUGACCCCCACGGUGCUACCAACAAGGGUAACCCCGUUGGUGGCAACGUCACCUCGAACAUCUCGGGCAAGGACGUCUUCUACGAGGAGUGGAUGAACUACAUCUCGUACAACCAGAUGUGCUUCCGUGUCUGCAUCGCCGGCACCGAUCAGGCGCCCACCUCGGCCGUCUGCCAGCACACCCUCGACGAGAUGGGAUGCCAGUUCGUCAUGCCCGGCUCUUACACCGACAACGUCUUCGAGACGUGUGAUGCCGACGUUGCCUACCCCCCUGGUCUUUACCCUCAGGGCGGUGGAUACACCUCGACGUUCCAGCAGUACUACUCGUCGGUCUACACGGACCCCAACGGUGGUCUUCACACCUUCGUCAAUGGCUCCCCUGACCAGGCUACCCCCACUGCCGCCUACUCGCUCCCCGCCUCGUCAAGCUGCAGCUCUGCUAGCUCCAUCUCCAACGGCAUUGCUAGCAUCCAGCCCACGUCUUCGAUGUCUUCGUCGUCGAUGGCCACCUCGGCCUCUGGCUCUGGAUCAAGCCGCGGCUCCUCGUCGACUGGUGCUGCCAACGCCGCCGCUAGCGGCUCCUCCAGCAGCUCGAGCGGUGGCUCCUCUGGCGCCGCUAGCCUCGCCCCCAACAUGGUCGUAGGCAGCUUCGUCGCCGUCGUGGGUGGCCUUGUCGGCGCCGUCGUCAUGCUCUAAGCAGUGGCUACGAAACAAACCACUUUAGCAUCCUCACUCUCCUCACACGCCGAGGCCACAUUCUACUCCUUUCAUAGAUGGACAUUCAGCCAGAUCCGCUUGCGAGCGGGCGAGCAGCGGCGGACUCACUUCGGCUUUCGCUCCCUCCGUCUGCGUUCUUUCGUCUUGCUCCCCCCUUUCUUUUCACGCAU